AGCGUUGGAGCUGUUGGGACAGUGUUGCGUCUUUGCUGAAUUUGUAACAUUUUAGUUAGGUCAUUUACAACAGCAAGGAAAAGUUAUAAAUAACUGGAAUGGGACUAGAGGUGUUGCUAUAUUGGCCUAACAUUAUCGGUUAUGUUCGAAUUGCCCUUAUAUUUGCUGCCGCAACCGUCCCCGACCAACCAUCUGUUUUCCUCUUCCUCUUCUCAACCUCAGUCAUUCUAGAUGGUUUUGAUGGUUGGGUUGCUAGGAGGUUUGGACAGAUCUCCAGGUUUGGAGCCUGGUUGGACGUAGUUGUAGAUAAUCUUGGCAGGGGGAUGUUGUGGACUAUGGUUUUUAAGUGUGGUUGGCUGGUGUCUACAGUCGAGUGGUGUGUGCUUGUAUGUAACCACAACUCCAGAGGUGCCCAUUGGAAGAGCAGCUUCACAGACAGCCCAAGUUGGAUACAGAACAUCAUGGCAAACGGCUUUAGGACACCCCUUGGAAUGUGGGUGAUUGGAAGUGUUCAUGGCCUACCCCUGUGGCUCUAUGGUCUUCAGUGGGGGGUACUUUCCUACUCCCUCUGUUUUCUUCCCUGGCUCCAGGCUUUUGGGACAGUGUUCCUGACUCUGGGGAGGUUCUUAGGUCUGUCAGUGGAGGUAAUAGACUCUUGCAUGCUGAGAUUAGAAAGAUGCUUGUCUGAAAAAAACACUCACAUACUGAUGCAUUCUGUGAUCCCUGUAGGCACUAAGGAUCAUCUUGCUGGUUGUGUUUGAACUUAUGGCAACUUUGUAAUCUUUCUAUCUUUCUUAGAUGUGGUGUAUAUGGUCUCACAUAAUGUACCUUACCAAAGAUGAGGCGGAGGAGAAAAAGGAGUGAAAGGGAUUGAGGCUCUCAACCCUAAGACUGACCAUACAGGUCAACUACACGGACACUACUCUACCUUCAGGGUCCUAGUGGACAUUAAGCUACUGUAUAUUCACUUAUAAGUUAAAUUAGCCAGGCCUUUCUUGUGAAUGCAAAGGGUUAGUCGAUAUUUAACUACUAGACACAUGGUGUGUGGCUCCUAUGGAUUUCUACUUCGGGAAUACUUAUGAUAUAAUGUACUCAUGCUGGUAUCCAGUAUUAUAAAUUAUUAUUUAUGUAUAGGAAAGCAAAGCACUAAGAGAAAACACAAUGUUUAUAGUAUAUAACUACUGCUGUUGGUUUGAUAUACAAAAAGAAAGCCUAAGAAGGUGAUGUGAGUCUAAUACCUUACAAUGACCUAAGUGGACUACAGUGUAGGGACCUCAAAGCAAGAGUUACUUCAAUGUAACUGCAAAUUAUUUCUUCUAGGGGAAGGAUUUUGGUUAAGCAAUGUCUGUUUUCGAUGUGCUGACCAUUUAAAUUUAUUUAAUACAUUUUAUUGGACCAAUAAAGUUAUGAAGUACUGAG